AUGCUCCAGAAGAGCUCGCAGAUGAUGCAGUUGAGUCGGCAUGAGCAUUUAAGCGUGAAAACGACGCCCACGAACGACGCCGAGUGCAAGGCCGUGCCUGGCAUCAACACGGGCCUGCCCAUCGUCUACGACUCCAGCUGCCCCGGCCUGUGCUGCUUCGAGGACCAGCCGUGCAGGUACAACAACACGGGCUGCUACUCCGCAGCCUUGGCGCAGCAGAAGGUGAGGACGACGCCCACGAACGACGCCGAGUGCAAGGCCGUGAAGGGCAUCAACACGGGCCUGCCCAUCGUCUACGACUCCAGCUGCCCCGGCCUGUGCUGCUUCGAGGACCAGCCGUGCAGGUACAACAACACGGGCUGCUACUCCGCAGCCUUGGCGCAGCAGAAGGUGAGGACGACGCCCACGAACGACGCCGAGUGCAAGGCCGUGAAGGGCAUCAACACGGGCCUGCCCAUCGUCUACGACUCCAGCUGCCCCGGCCUGUGCUGCUUCGAGGACCAGCCGUGCAGGUACAACAACACGGGCUGCUACUGA